AUGUCCUCCAACUGCCCUCCCCAAUUACAACUCUCCAUUCAACCAAAUACGACAACAUUCAAGACAUCCUUUGAGCAGUUUGGUUUUCACCUGGACAGCCCUGUUGGUGGAACAGACGCCGGCGGUAGUGCCGCAGACACCGGGAACGAGCGCAACAAACGAGCACGGAGUUCCAGUAGUCUUUCCCAGAGCAGCGACACCUCGGAUGCUUCACGAAACACAGCUUCUACUUUGGCAUCAGGGUCCGGUUCCAGUUCAGAGAGUUCAAGGGCGGAGUCCUCUGCAAUUACGAAUGAAUUCCCAGUUAUUUUGCCCACAGCACGCUCCACAAUUGACCCGCCCCCCAGGCUGCCUACGCCUGUGAUUCAGGACAUUGACAUGGCUGAAGUUUUGCCAGAGAACGAUCAUGAAUCGACUGGUGCGCCGUUACCGUCUCCGCAACAGACUGAGGACAACUUUCGAUUGUCUAUGGCGAGGUUCAAUGCUUUUGAGAGUGAAAUAGCUCUUCUGCGCGGGUCGCAGCCACUUUCUCCUUCUCGAACCCGCUCACCAACGCCUCCUCCAACCCUACCACCCUUGAGUAUUGUGUCAUCGUCCGAUCAACAUGUUCAUCAACAUCAAACCACAUAUCAUCUACCCAGAGCCACCCCUCCAGACUUAAAUUUCUUUCGACAUCUUCCUCCAAGAUCACCUUCACCAUUCUUAGAUCAUUUCCUCAAUGAGACUGAGAGCACUCCAAGCAUAAUAUCUGACGAUGUCGCGGGUGGUGAAGAGAUAUCUGCUGGUGAGCAUCAUGACCUACAAGAGGGCUCUUCUUUCCAAAAUGCCAUGUACCACUUAAGAACAAAUUCACAACCUACAUCUGCGCUUCGUCGUGAUCAAAAUCAACAGCGCCCUCUCAGAGGCGCCGAUGAAUCGGCUGAAGACGAUAAUCAGGUUUUCAGUGGGUUUCGUGACAGGUUAAAUACAGCCCUUCAGCGCUUAAGGCCGGCGUCGCCGCUUGUUCCAGGAUUAGAAGACUCUGUGGAUGGUGUUGGGAACGAAGUUGAGGAGCAGGCCCUGCAGGAAAUGGAAGACGAAGCUGAUGGAAUCGAGGGUGAAACGCGAAAUUCCGAACAAGACACAUCAGCCUCCAGUUAUCGAUCUACAGUGCAUAUCCUUCCACCAGAUCCUCCAACACUACCUCCCAUCCCCCCGAUUGCUGCAGACACUGACGCCGAUGACUGGCACGAACGCCCAUUGAUUGACGAUUCCAUGGAGACAUAUAUUCCUUCAUCAGCGCCUAGCCAGGGUGAAUUGGAAGUGAGAGCUAGGAGGGAGGCGGCAAUGCAACGAAAUGUUCGGCACUUCUUAUCUUUAUCAUCUUCGAGCAUUUCCGGAUUGUCUCCACCUUCUUCCUCCUCUUCUUCGAUCUCGGGUAACCCAAGUCUAAGAGAUUUACCUCUUCCGUCGCCUAUUUUGCGGGAUUUGCAUAGCUGGAUGCAAGAGCGGGGCCCGUUUGGGGAAAGUUCGACAGGCGAUGCCUCAAAUACGUCUACACCCGAACGACUUGCUGCUUCCGCAACCGUUUCGCAGAGCAAUGCAACAAAUUCGCAUGCCGAUCAACGCCAACCUAUACCUACGGGAGCACAACCGUCACAGUUGAGCACAAGCUCAGGUGGCGUAGCCAGAGUAAAUGAAUGGAACGCUUAUAGUAGUUUCUCACCUACAUCAGCGUCUGGUUCUAGCGGGCGUGCUUCGGCUGAAGGAUCGUCGUCGUCAGCAUCGGUAUCAGGAACUGCUCAAGAACCGACCGGGAGCAGUUCAUUCACCACAAUGGACACUUCGAGCAGCAAUUCAGAUUCGCUCGCCAAUACGACAUCGGUUUCGUCCAGCCGUAACACCACGGAUGAAGCGGCUGUUAGGAGCCUCGAUCAUGGGGUUGGCGUAGGGUUAGGGUUUGGACCCGGGUCUGCUCGCCCGAUGCCGUCUGUAAUGAGCAGUGGUCAGAGCCCAACGCCGAGCCGGAAUGAGGCUUCAGAUUCGGAGCAAACACCACGCAACGAUUCCUCCACCCUAACGUCAACGGCCAAUGGGCUCGGUCAACCCCCAAUUCAGAGACCAAUCACGAGGGUUUCCUCUGGAAGUUGGCCAAGCUGGGCGAGGGAAAGCGGAAUGGGUCCGUUGCCCGAUCUUGAUUUGGAUUUUUCAUCCAUGGCUGGUACGGCAGGGUCAUCGUUGUCCUCGCCGUCGAUGUCUGAUGACUGGCGUUCGGAUGCAUUCACCGCAGCGCCACCAGGUGAUCGGCCUGCAGCUGUCCGCGGCUCGCCGCCUACUACUACUACCAGCAUUUCUCUCGACGAUUCCUUCCUCGAAUCCACCAUGACCUCUCUCGACAUUUUUCCAACGACUGCUGCACCUGGACCUGGGCCUAGGCCAGUAAAUCCAUCUAAUUCCGCUAACAAUUUCCGCCAGGCCUGGUCUGAGCUGCACGCAUCCCCAUCCUCUUCAUCCUCGUCUUCACAUGAACAUCAACACUUGCUGCUCUCUAGACUGCGUCAUUGUCCACACAAUCCACGAUGUGUGUACAUACCUGGAGCGCAAUCGAGUCAUACCGGUGCCGGUUCUUCAACAACCCCCAAUCCGUCCACGUCUGAGUUCCAAAGGCCACACGUAGAGCCCCGAAGAAGACUCGAUGCUGACAGGCACCAGGAACAACAUCGACGAUGGCUCAUGGACAGCGAUUCGGACUCUGACAGUAUUCCUCUUCCCAAUCGGAUACCAUCCAAUUCCACGUCUCUGCUCAACCGUCUCCAUAACAUAAACAGGGCCAUGGACUCGACAAUUCCAAACCCAUCUCAGUAUCGCCGUCUAUCUUCCUCGGCUGUACGCACAGAGUCGAAUCAACCUCAACCAAACAUACCGCACCCACGAUUACGGACUUCCCAUUCGCAUGCAAGGUUGGGUUCAACGACGUCGCUCGCAUCAGAAACAGCGUCUGAGAGGCGCAGACUCGAUGAUCAUGCAGCAAUUGCCAGAGCGAGAGCAAUCCGCGCCCUAUCCAGCGGCUCACGGGCACUCGAUGCAGAGUCUGCAGCCAAUGCGGCCAACACGAGGUCUGGAGUGGUUGACGAUGGCGAAGUCGAUGAACGAGGUUUAAGGCGCGUUCAGGAAGCAUGGGACGAGAUUCGCGCCAUGCACAGGCAGUUGCACCGUAAUGUUUCAGGAGACAGGUCGCAAAAUGCGGAGAUGAAUGCGAGCGACACGAGGUCGUCGUUUGAUAGACUGGUGCAGAACGCGUGGCAGAGCCUUGACAACCCUGAUAUAUCACUAUCUUCACCGGAGGAUGAACAUUCAGCUUGGCUUGCUAGGAGCCCUCCGACGCCUACUACAACUGCACCAUCCGCAGCUAGCGAAGACGUAGAUAUGUCGUUUACGGGCGGUGCAGAUGCGCAUGACGCCUAUUGGAGAACCUUUCUUCGCGAAUUGGGAAUCGAGAAUCCUUUUGAUCCUGGACAUCGCCCGUCGUCAUCAAUUAACCAAAAUCGAAGAGAAGGUCGGGGGACCGACCCCUAUGGUCUGGGUUGGCCCGACAUCGCCUUGAACAACGACAAUCGCUCCUCUGGUACCGCCUCUUCUUCGACCUCUCCGACUGAUGAAGGUUCGCCAUUCACUUCAAUAAGGAUGUCGCCGUACGCGACGCUGGCGGAACGCAAUCUACCGACAUUUUCAACGAGAGAUGCAUCGGAUGCUAACAUCGACAGUCAGCCGAGACGGUACCCAUUCACCAAUUACGGUCGUAUCCCAUCUCUUCCUUCUCCUGAUUUAGGUAGCAGUUUCAGCGCCGAGCAGGCCGCGCAAACCGUGUUAGCAUCUGGGCUUUUAACAUCGCGACAUCUUUCUGGUAUGUUGAACAGGAAUUCGAACUUUGCGACGCCUGGCAAUCACGGUAUUGGGCCAUCACACUAUCAACAUCAAUCUGCUGCACCGUCAAAUUCCAUUCCAAACGGCAAUCACCCUCGACAUGUUAGACCACCGCGGCAUGUCCCUCUCGCUGCUGCACACGUACCUCCAACUGAACCUGCACCGGAAUGGGAAUCGAUGAUGGAUACUACUGAAGACAAUUCCACUGACAAUGGCCUCUUCGCAAGCAUGCUGGAAGAUCGCGAGCAUAUUGCACAAUUGACCGCAAGACAUCAGGCUCGCAUUGCAAAUCUGCGACGUGCAAACAACUUAGCGGAGUUUGCGCCUGGACCGUUCCGCAACACUCUCCAACACAGUCUUGACCAACACCAUGCUAGCCGCCGUCGAGUUGGAGUUGCCCCAUCCAUACCUCCUUCCAUCCCUCCUCUUUCUUUUGAAGAUAACAAUCUUGCCUCGUUGAGGAAUCCAGGUCCAUCCUCAGAUCUUCGUACUCCUGAAGAAGGUGGCCUCAGUCCCAUUGGCAUACCUUUCCAGACAGGCAGAGAAAUGCCUGCCAGGCGCGAACCAAUCCGACCACCUCGACCUGGUCCACCUGCCGCUCCUGAUGCAUAUUCUCACCCCGCAACGUCUCGCUCGUUUGCAUCCGCAAGAGCAGAAGCACACCGAGCUCGAGCUCAGAAUGAGCUGUUUCUGCUGAAUCGGCAGAUGCGUAUGGAAGCUUCCAGGUCAGGUGAUCCUUCCACUCAAAGAGGCAGCGCUGCCAACAGCAGCCUUGACUUGGGUGAUAUGGAACCAGCCCCUUUUCGCCGUCAAACAAUUGAGGCGAUGCGCAAUCGCUAUCGAUCCCGCUAUGGAACCGUUGCUGAGAACUUAGCCCACGCCAAUCGUUCACCUGUGUACCCUGGUCCUUUGGAUGAAGAGGAAAUGAUGCGAGACGCUGCGACAUUUUCAGCACGAGUACGGCGAAACCGCAUACAAUUCCCUCAUGAAAUGAUCAUAUUUGCGCGAGGCGGAGGGGCAGCACGGCGAGGGCGACCAUUGGGAGAUUUCAUGCGUGAUGAGGACUUUGAUGAAUCGUAUGAAAGUCUCUUAUCGUUGGCACAGACUUUGGGCGAUGUCAAGCCAAGGUCAACGCCAGCUGAGGUCAUUGAGAAGAUGGAGAAAGCCCAAUAUAAGGAUUGGGCAACAGAGGACAGUGAUCAGCGAUGUCCGAUUUGUUUGGAUGAUAUCCCGUUCUCAAACUCAGCAACUGUUCCCACUGGCUUCACCAAGAGUGUCUGCAGCAAUGGCUUCAAACGGCCAAUACGUGCCCCGUGUGUCGCAAAUCUGUCAGCACCAGUACAGGAUUCCGCCGUAGUCAUACUCACACCCAUCACCAUCGAGUUAAUCCCUUCGGGGGUUUCGCAAGACGAGAACCUCCUGCUCCUGCUCCUGGUCCGAAUCCAGGUUCCAGUGAAGGAGGACCUGCUUCAAACGCAAACGGGGGUAAUAACGCGACUCCAUCUUCCUCCAAUCCAGGUCAUCAACGUCAGUAUCAUCAUAGUCAUUAUCAUCAUGGCUUCCCUCCGUCGCCAUGGAGGCGGGGUCCACCUCCAGCAUAAUCUACGCAUCACCCACACGCCUUCAAAAUAA